GGCAGCGUUCGCCGGGGCCCGUGGCACAAAUUGGCGCAAUUUGCAGAUCGAAUCUUCCAUUAAUUGCAGCAGCGGGCUCCAGGAACCGUUCUUCUCACUAGAGCGUCGGAUCCCUUUGCCGCCUCUGCUGCACAUCCACAACAGGGUCGCAACCUCUUAAGAAUUUGGGAAUGGGCUCUGUUGAAACGUCGAGAGUGAGGAGUUGUCGAUUGAUCAGCUCGACCUACGCUCUGCUCUAGAAGAUUACUGUCUGCACCUUGCACAGCUCACUCACGAAUUUCUGUUCUGUCAUACCGUGUCAUUUGUGUGCUCGUUGGAGUUAGCAUAAUUGUGGCCCCUAUGCCCUGCACGCUGUUGAAAUGAGGCCUGCCUCUCUGUACAAAUUGGACAGCCUUCAGGGGACAGAAUCGUUGGCUCUGUCGGAGUAAGCUGCCUCGCGUUUUUCUCUCCAUUGCGACGAGACGUCCUUGAAAGUGGUUCGUUGAAUGGAGAGUGAAUCAUAGAGAUGUAGGAGUUGCCUUCCCUCUCUCCUAUCACGAUCAGAGGAACUCAUGCAAAUGGGUACAGCUUGGGAACUCUUGGCUUGUGAUACUGUUCCCACUUCUCAAGCAAUGAAACCCACUGCACGACUUCCAUCUCUAUUUCAAACCUUGAACCUUCGUCAAAUUCGUACUUCCAAAGUACGUCAGUUUCCGUAUGAAGGAGAAUGGACAUCGGACGGACAAACGUCGGGGGAAGGGGUCCUCACUGUGCAAAAUCAGAGCUACCGCGCGCCACCAUUAAGUCUAUCUUUUGCCAAGAAACGAUGGGAAGGGGAAAUGUUGGCUGUGGCGGAUGAAGAAGGAUAUGUCAGCAUCUUCAACACGAAUGGACAACUACCUUCAAUGGUUGACUGUUUUUCAAAGACAAGGGACGUGCGCUCGAAGCUUUGGAUGGCUCACACUAAUGCAGUUUUCGACGUUUGCUGGACGAAGGAUGACACGCAUAUCCUGACAGCCUCAGGAGAUCAAACAAUUCGAUUAUGGGAUAUUGAAAACAAGAGGGGAGUAGGGGUAAUGAUGGGGCAUUCUGGCAGCGUGAAGUCGCUGUGUGUUCAUCCAUCCCAAUCAGAUUUAUUUGUGUCCGGAUCAAGGGAUGGAACGGUGGCGUUUUGGGAUCUAAGAAGCCAAUCAGGAUCCCUUGCAGGAUGUUCAAAGUAUAUGCCUGUUACAAAGAUAAAGGAUGCUCACAAAGGUGUAAUGAACGCAAGACGUCGAAAGGGAUAUACUAGAAGUGUUACGGCUGUCUUGUACCUGAAGGACGAGCGUCUAGUAGCGACUGCGGGAGCAAACGAUGGGGUUGUCAAGUUCUGGGACACAAGAAAGUUGAAGUGUCCUGUUACUCACUCUCCAUCAGAACGUGUUUCUUCUGGAACACGAAUGCAUGGAAUAGCCGGACUCUCGCAGGAUCCAAGUGGAACGCGACUUAUAGCGACAUGCGUGGACAGCAAAAUCUACAUGUAUGACGUUAUGGGAUUGGCUAAAGGCGAGCUGAAGACUUUUUCGGGACACACGAUGGGCUCUUUUUACAUCAAGGCUUCAUUCAGUCCGGAUGGAAGCCACAUUUUAGGCGGCUCGACUGAUCAUAAUGCCUACCUUUGGAAGGUGGACAGACCAGAAGACGCUCCUACACUUCUAAGAGGUCAUAGCGGAGAAGUGACAGCAGUAGACUGGUGUCCGAUGGAACACUGCAAAGUGGCUACAUGCUCUGAUGACUACACGGUAAGGGUGUGGAAUUUGAGGGCGCCUCGCUUCUCCCAGAGAUUAACACCAAAAUAUAAUGGGUUUCCGUCUUGUCGCCGUCAAGAGGAGUCUCACGUGGUCCAGGAUUACAGUUACUCGAAUAUCCUCGGCCUGGAAGACAGCCAGCAUCCACUCCAGACCAGUUUGCCACAGCACGAGAAGACACAUCCGACUGACAAAGAUGGACAUUUGAACAUUCUCAGGCUCGUCGAAGAUAGCCAGCAUCCACUGCCAUUAGGCAGUCGUCCAUAUCUCCUUACUACCGCCACCGAAGACGGAACGAACAUCGAGCAUAAUCCUUUCUCAACGAGUUCGCAAAGAACAGAGUCAUCUGAGACAAACAGCUUGAGUGAGGAUGAACAGCAGGAUGUCAACGCAGCCAAGAGCACUGCCACAUCUUUCGACUUCAAACGCAUUCACUUCGGCAGCACAAAAGCUCCACCUAUUAAGAGGACAAGAGUGCUUUUCAGUUCUAAGGACAGGCUGCCGGACGAGGUAUUUACGAUUCACAGUGUCCAAUCUUCUGAAGAGCGUCGACACCAGGGAGAGGAGGCAAACAUCACGCCGAGGACACAACGAGGUUCAAGCGAAAAGCAAGUAACUCCACCAUUCAAGAGGACCAGAGUUCCAUUUAGAGAUCUGAACGGCGAUGGAGGGAAAACAGGAGGUAUCAGCCUUUCAGUAGCAGAAGUGCAAGUCGACUCAUCGAGACAGUUUUCCGAUAGUGAAAAGGAGAACGAUUACAGCUACGUGGGACUCAAGAACAGCGUGGGUGACAAACAUUCUACUCCACCUUUUAAGAGAUCCAGAGCGCUAUCCGAUUUCUCGACACAUGCUGAGAAUGAAUGCGAGGUCCGAAGAUGUCAAGAGGACAGUCCUCUUGGGCAGUCCGACGGAAGUCCAUCGUCCGUCUUAAGCCCACCUAGCUCACUUCAGAGAAGAAGAAAGACGAUCAUGGAUUAUUUCAGCUUACGACCACUGUCUUCAGAGGCCUGUCCGAAGACUGGCAAAGGAUCUGGGUAGAAAGCGCAAUAUCUUGCCCCACUCCAGCGACGAGUAAAAGAUCCAAGCGACAGUGGACGGAGGUUCAAUUAAUUCUCGAAGAUAUGGCAAGCGACGACGUCACAUCCACUGAGGCUUCCAAACAAACAGAAGAUGGUAAGCCUGAAAGAUAAAAAGCACAGCCUGCCACAAUUCGCCAGCCAGCGAGGAAUUCAUCUUCCAGGUAUUCCAGCUUAUUGAGAUUGCAGCUGCAAUGAGAGCUUCACGGGUGGUGGUAAAGCGAAAUCUGCCUGUUCGUUUUGCCCUCUUAAUUUCGAUCAAGACUGAGAAGCAUUUCUGUCGUGAAGUGCACAGCACAGUCAGCCUACACUCUCCAGUGCCAGCGAAUUCGGAAUUAAACUCAGUCCGAGCAUACAACUCUGUCGAGGUAAUCUGCAUUUUGGUCUUAAAGACAGCUGCGGCAUCUGAUGACACAGGAAUGGAAAGCUCAAAUCGAUAGAACUGUCAGCAGGCGACAAUAUCAAAAUGGCAAUUCCAUUCGAGAUGCUGUCGUCUGACCAAAUUGUCUCUUACAUUCUUAAGCCAACUAUCCAACAGGAUAGUUUGAUAGCUUCUUCGUUUGCAGGCGCAAACGAAACCGGUCCGGAUUAGAAUAUCAAGUAGUUUUGUUCUGGUAUCUUUUGUACAUAACACGAUCUUUGUUCUAACAAGCAUGUCGGUCACUGAAGAAAUUACUCUCAUAUCUCACACUUUUUUCCUG